GACCCACCUUCUUGGCGACGUAGCUAACAAAUACAAGGAAAAGGGGGGAAAAAAAUGAGUUACCACUUCGGAAAGGGCUAUCCCGGAGCAGGACACCCAGCACCAAAUACCCCUUACAGUGGAAGCAGCGGUCCCUAUGGAUCUGCACCCUCAGCUCCAUACGGCGCUCCACCAGGAGGCUACUAUGGUCCAGGUCAAGGGGGCCACUACGGAGCUGGACCAGGGGCUGCGGGUUACGGGGGACAGCCUCAUGGAGCGCCUUAUCGGCCCCCUGCUCCUUCGGGAAACAUCCCCCCUGGUGUCAACCCAGAGGCAUACCAGUGGUUCCAGAGCGUCGACACGGACCACAGCGGCUUCAUCAACAUGAAGGAGCUCAAGCAGGCGCUCGUCAACUCCAACUGGUCAAGUUUUAACGAUGAGACGUGCCUCAUGAUGAUCAACAUGUUUGACAAGACAAAGUCAGGUCGUAUGGACCUUUUUGGUUUCUCUGCGCUGUGGGACUUCAUGCAGAGGUGGAGGGUGCUCUUUCAGCAAUAUGACAGGGACCGCUCAGGAUCUAUCAGUGGUACAGAGCUACACCAAGCCCUCGCCCAAAUGGGCUACAACCUGAGUCCCCAGUUUUCCGAGUCGUUGGUGCGGCGCUUUAGCGUGCACGCCGCACGUCCCGGCAUGCACUUGGAUCGCUUCAUCCAGGUGUGCACCCAACUGCAGAGCAUGACGCAGGUCUUCAGGGAGAGGGACACAAACAUGACGGGCAGCGUCCGCCUUAACUAUGAGGACUUCCUCUCAGGGGCCAUCACCAGGCUCAUGUGAGCAUAAUUCAGCCCCCCAGCCAAACUGGUGGUUUGCAGUUGACAUAUCAGCCAGUACAUCCUGUGACUCGUUUCAAUAAUAACAAAACCUAACCUAGAGUCGACUGGGUGAUUGUUAAGCAGUAACUUUCAAAUAACAAAUAAUGUAUUUAAUAAAUGGCAGGAAAUGAUUGCAACAUCACCACAGAUGCCUUUCUGUUUGCUAUUACUGGUACAUUUUUGUUUUCACAGCAUACAGUAUAUCAUAGCGCAAGACUCAAAAGAUAGGCUUCACAGUCCAUAACAUGUUUAUUAACCCUCAUAGUCACAUAUUUGAGAGAUAUUAAAUAUCCCUCCCUCAAAAGCUGUCUAUUAAACUGUAGUAUUUUACAUUAGUAAAAGAUUUAUAUAUGGACAGUGAAGUUGUUUACAUGAAUCAAAAAGAGAUGUUAGCAACAACCACUUCACUAUUUAGUGACGGUGGGAACAGGGUGUCUUCAGAACCCUCAAAAUGUAUGUUUGUACCUUAAUACCACUGAUAACCUGCAAUUCUAUAAACGGUCAAAACAAAAGGUUAAUUAAAAGAAACAUACCAUGUGUCUGUUUUAUCAUAACUUACUUUACAUUCCAUUGAAAUGUAUGUACUAUUAAAUGCUGAAAGUUUUCAUUUCUUUGUUUAAAUCAUUGAGGUUUCCAUUACUUUUUUUUGUGCUUGUAUAAUUGAAAAGCAAUCAUGGAGUAUUAACAUUUGGAAAUGGCACUUUAAAGGUAGUUGACCAAACCUUUUAUAAUGC